UUCUUUCUCUCUCUUUUGUGUAAAGGAAAGGUUCCCAUUCCAGGUGGGCACAGACACAUGUGUGUUAGUGUUAGUAUAAGACGGGCCAAACUGUAGCGUACCGAGUAAAGGGGUUCGACAUUUGAUUAAAUCCAAUUUCCAGGUACAUUUCAGGAUUAGCAGAUGGAGAUGGUUUUGCAGGCUAAUGAUGCUAAGGAAUGGUGUUAUAGAGGGGAAGGAGCUGUUAAUCUAGUGCUUGCUUAUACUGGAGAAAAUCCUGAUUUCGUUGGAAAAGUGUUGCGGGUACAGAAGGUACCAAAUGGAUCUGAAUGCGAGAAUGGUUAUUCAGGUCUAACAGAGAUGGAAUGCCUCUUAUGGAAAGAAUAUGAAGAGCUUGUAUCAGCUCCUACAAGGGAAAUUGUUGAAUACUAUUUUGUGAAGCGUGUAAUGUGCUCGCUGUUGGGUUCAAAGAAUGUCGAUGCAGGGACUCGCAUCCUUGUGAACCGAGAAUUUCUGGAAACAGUUGAUAACAAUGUUCUAUGUCAGCGUCCUUCUUGGCGUGUUGAUGCCGCAAAGGUCAACCCCCUGUCUGAUUCUGUGCUGCUGAUAUCCGAUCAUUCACUUUUCCCACCUGGUAAGCAUAAACAGGACUUCUGCAUAUCUGUAGAAAUAAAGCCUAAAUGCGGAUUCCUUCCGCUAUCGGAAUUUAUUGCGUCAGAAAACACAAUUAAAAGGAGUGUAACUCGAUUCCAAAUGCAUCAGGCUUUAAAAUUGCACCAAGGAAAGAUAUCAGAGAUAAGUGCAUAUGAUCCAUUGGAUUUGUUUUCUGGAUCCAGAGAUAGAGUACACAAAGCAAUAAAGGGCCUCUUUAAGACCCCACAGAACAAUUUCCGAGUUUUCCUGAAUGGUUCUCUCAUCUUAGGGAAAUUGGGUGGUAAUGCAGAUGCUACAAGCUGUGAAGGUGGUAAAACAUUUGAAAAUGCACUCAAGUGUGUAAUCCAAGCUGUAGAUGGGAAGCGGACAGAAUGCCUUCUGGAUCUCAUUUCCAAGACUGUUUCUAGUUCAGGACUGCUAAAUAAGGUUCUUGAAGUCCAGAAGUUGGACAAUUCUGACAUUGAAGGUGCGAUUCAUGCAUAUUAUAACGUCAUUUCUCAGCCUUGCAUGGUAUGUAAACAGACAGUUGAAGAUCAGUUGUUAAAAAGAUACAAUUCCUUGCAUUCAAUUUCAAAGGAGGAAAGCUUGAUGAUUGUGAGGAACUACUUGAUUGCUGCGACUGCAAAGGACCUGAGCAUGAUGAUUAGUUUUAGACCUCGAGAAGAUGAGAGUGUGGAAUCUCCAUAUAGCACAGUUUCCGUAGAAUCAACCAACCAAAGUUUUGAUUACAAGGCAUCUUUCAUUGACCUAGACUUGAAACCUUUGGAAAGGAUGGAAUACUACUACAAGUUAGACCAACAGAUAGUCAGCAGCUAUGUUCAGAUGGUAAAAUCCACGCAGCAGGAUGAAAUCGGAGCUUGACAUUGUCGGAGCUUGACAUUGGGGAUACUUUUCUGAAUGGUGAUUAAUGAGUAAAGCAGAAAGAGAAGUAUCAUAUCAGGCGUUUCCUCCUCUACAAGGAAAGUGAUAUAUCGACGACUGCAGUACCUUUCCCAUCUCAAGACGAUAGGACUUUUUUAUUCAUACAGCUGGAUUUUGGAUCAAUUUUGGCAUGAAGUAACAUGUUCUGCUGAUUGGUGACGCGGCAUUAACGUUUUCCACAGUUAUUCUAGCUCGGAAUCCAGGUCUGUUGUUGAAUGUAAUCAUUCUUGUAUCCUUUUACCUUGGAGGUCAACAUUUAAAGUUGUUACCCCUUGGUUGUAUUGCACCGUAUUAUAAUGCACUUUAUCUAGCAAUUUUGACAUUUCUGUAAAUGAUGCUUGUGAAUCAGAUUGGACUUGAUGUAACAUUAAUAUCUAUUGAGAUUUCAAGAAUAUGUAAACAUAAGCUACUUUUUAA